GUAGUGAAGGAGUUUCUUUUCUGUUCUUACAAGAAGUGAUCACUAGUAAAAACCUAUUUCUUCUUCCACACCCUCUACAAAAAGAUCUGAAAGUUCUUUUCAUAGAACAAAUCAAAAUGGAAAUCACUCGAAAUCAAAAAGCAUCUACAACACCCAGAAGAAAUCAGUUUAACUCUCAUGGAAACUGUGUCGCUUCUGCUGAUGAUGAUGGAACUAAUGAGAUCGGUCGUAGAUGGCCUCAAUUCUUCCAGAUAAUGCAUAAUGCCAUAAUCCAAGAUGGAUAUUUGAUUAUCCCGCCAGAGUUCGUCGCGAAACAUGGGGAUGAUUUAUCUCAGAAUGCAACCCUCAAAGUUCCGGAUGGUCUAACCUGGGAUGUUAAGUUGAAGAGAGACUCAAAUGGCUUUCAAAUUGGUCGGUUAGUCCCAUUUAUUGAGUACUACUCUAUAAGCGCUGGACAUCUUUUGCUGUUCAAAUACCAUGAAGAUUCACAGUUCCAAGUUAUAAUAUUGGACAUGAGUGCUUGUGAAAUAGAGUAUCCUGCUGUUGAUGAUGAGGAUAGUAGUGAUGACCACAGCCUUGAAGGAGGAUCCACUGAAAUCAAGAGCAGUGACGAAGAAGAAGAAGAUUAUUACGUUCAUGCUUCCACUGAUGAAGAUGGAGAUGAAUCAUCUGAAUCACCAUUGUCAUCAUCAUCAGAGGAAGAAGAAGAAGUCAGAAUUGCUGAGAAGAAGAACAAGAAGAAGCGCAUUCAUUUGAGGACUAAAGAUGAGGAUAGCGCAUUGAGAAGUACACGACUAAGAGCAGAACUCAUCGGCGAUGAAUUCCAGUCCGUGAAUCCUUUUUUCACAAUUGCUCUACAACCAGCUUAUAUCAAACGCAAAUACUUGCAAAUACCAGUUUCAUUUGACGAGAUGCACAUGUUUACCCGUGGAAAGAAAAUCAAAGCUGAGGGUGAAGAUGGAAGAUUUUGGAUACUCGGACUCCCUAAGAAGCGAAGGUUGACUGUUGGAGUUUCAUCACUUCUAAAAGAUAAUGAUUUGGAUGUAGGAGAUGUUAUAGUCGUAGAGCUAAUGAAGGAGAAGAAGUCCGAUUACCUUGAUGCUAAAGUUCACAUCUUUCGUUCCUGAAAACGUACUGUGUGAUCAAGAAGACUUAAACUACCUCGAUUUCCAUUUAAGUAUAAAUGUUUCAGUUGUUACAAGUGUGCACAACAACAUACUUUUCUAACUAUUUGUUGCGCAAGUUAAUUGAUCUUGUAUUGUCACGGUUUUUCGAUUUUA